AUGACCCCCUAUCCUCACCUCGCCUUCCUCGAGAAGCAUUCAUCUUACAAUGUAUACUCGCAGUACCCGCAGGUGCAGCCCCCACGGCCGGACAGUCGAACCUCGCGCCCGGGAAGUCGAACUCGCGGGACGAGAAGCAUGGAGACCACUCGACCGCCGACUGCUCCCAAGGCGGAUGCUCCAGCGCCUGCGCCCGUGAAGAUCGAAGUCGAGAGCCCAGGGGACGCCGCUGGCGAGCCGCUCGUCCAAGACUUUCAGGAUCGUUAUCUGCCAAAACCGCAGCAGUCAACUACGCCUGCGGAAACUCCACCAGCGAGCCCAUAUUCCGCGGCAGUAACGCCGCAAGUGGCAACCGCGCACAUAUUGAAUCAGCUUUCCUUGUCUUCGGCAGAUGGAGACGAUGAGAGCGCGCCAGCGCCUCCGGACUUCACGCGACGCGGUAUUCAUAUACCGACCCGCACCAGGCAAGCCAAUGCAUUUCCUAAGCAAGUGGGCCAAAGGUCAUAUGCGCCCAACAUCGGCCGCGAAAUUGGAUCCUCAGUACCUUCAACACCGGAGACACGAGAAAGAAGCUCAGGAGAUUCUGUAAUCUCAUAUGAGACCAGUGCCUCCUCGAUCAGUCAUCCGCUGCCCCCGCUGCAAGUCAAAACAUCCCUCGAUGAAGGUGAUCGCCUGGAGCCGCUGCUGGAAGAUGAUCCGCGAUCUUUCGACCUGCUUGCGGAGCCAGAGACGCAGCCUGGGAGGUCAUUCCAACUGGAGAAACGCUCAGAACAGAUGUUCUCUCGUGAGCAUCUCGAAACCAUAUUUGCAGACCCUGCGCUGCUACUUAGAUUUACUUCCUUUCUCAGCGCAGCAAGGUCAAAAUCAGUCCCGCUGCUCAUCUACUAUCUCGAUGCGCUGAAGGCGCUGAGAGCGAUCAACUACGCCAACGCUAUCGCGGAAGCCCUAGAACCGAUACCGGAACACGACUUUACCGAACAUCCAGCGCGUGCGACUGUGAACUCUGUCCUGGAGAAUAAAGCAAACGAAGCGUUUGAAGCGAUGGUAGCUGAAGAUUUGCCUGCUUACAUCACGCAUGUGUUCAUCCAGGUUGUCACUGCGAGCAUACAACGGAGGAUCACAGGCACAUUACCUCCACAUCUUCGCGAAGCUUCAGAGGGCCUGGCGGAGGUUUUCUGCCUCACUGAUGUCUCGCGCCCGGAUAAUCCCAUCGUGUUUGCUUCAGAAGAAUUUCACCGCACGACUCAGUACGGCGUCAGCUACGCGAUCGGACGCAACUGUCGCUUCCUGCAGGGCCCUCGAACGAACCCACACAGCAUACAAAGGCUCCGAGCAGCGGUCGAGGCAGGCAAAGAGACCAGUGAGGUCUUCUUGAAUUAUCGGCGAGACGGCUCACCUUUCUUGAACCUCCUCAUGGUGGCGCCUCUGAUGGAUUCACGCGGCCGGUUACGCUACUUCAUCGGUGCGCAGGUCGACGUCAGCGGCCUGGCAAAAGACUGCACAGAUCUCGAAGGCCUGCAGCGCAUGCUCGCAAAACAGCAGCAGGAACGCGACGGCGCAGACACCGGCCAGCAAACUCAGCACAAAGACGAGUUCCAGGAGCUCAGCGAAAUGUUCAACAUGGGCGAGCUGGAAACGGUCCGGAAGUACGGCGGACGCAUGCACCGGGAGCACAUCGAGGAAAUCGACGACGGGACCUCUGGCGCGGGACGCCCUCGACUGCUUCUGAAGGAUCCGAGCAACGACCAGAUCAAGACGUAUGAGUACUCCGCGAACCCUAACGGGAAGCUUGAGGGGAUCUACCAGCACUACCUCCUCGUCCGCCCCCACCCCUCCCUCCGCAUCCUCUUCACCUCUCCAUCCCUCCGCGUUCCGGGGAUACUGCAAUCCCCCUUCCUAUCCCGCAUCGGCGGCUCCAGCCGCGUGCACGAAGAACUCGAGGCCGCGCUUGCAGCCGGCCGCGGCGUGACCGCCAAGGUCAGGUGGCUGUCCGGCCGCGGCGAUGACGAGGGCCGCCCGCGUUGGAUCCACUGCACCCCGCUGCUGGGCCACACGGGCACCGUCGGGGUGUGGAUGGUAGUGCUGCUUGAUGACGGCGACGGAAGUCAGGGGAGGAGGUUCAGGAUGGCGCCGCCGGUGCCGAGCACGAUUGGGAAUCAUCACCACAUUGGCGGAGGGAAAGAGGGGGUUCGUGAGAGGGGAGAGGAGAGGUACGAUGCUCACAGGAGAGAGGGUACGCCUAGGAGAAGGGAUCGAGGAAGGGAGGGAGACUUUCCGAGCGAGAUCAGCAGUUUCGGCGGCGGAACUAGGGUGGGUUCGAGGACGAGUGAGCACGAGAGGGAGAGGAGGUAUGGGCGGCCGAUUAGUGGGCUGGGGAGUGGGCAGCCAAGUAUAGAUUCCUUUGCGUUAGGGUGA